CACAGUCCACACACAAAAAACCCUAGCUCUUCUUCUCUUUACAAUACAUAUAUAUAAGCAUACGGAAGGAAAUCACAGUCCACUUCCGUUGUGUAGAGAGAGAGGGAGAGAGAGAAUGGUGUCUGGAUCGGGAAUAUGCGCUCGGCGGGUGGUGGUGGAUGCUCGGCACCACAUGCUGGGAAGACUGGCGUCGAUACUGGCGAAGGAGCUCCUCAACGGCCAGAAAGUGGUGGUGGUACGCUGCGAUGAGAUCUGCCUCUCGGGGGGCCUGGUCCGUCAGAAAAUGAAGUACCUCCGUUUCCUCCGCAAACGCAUGAACACCAAGCCCUCUCACGGCCCCAUCCACUUCCGCGCCCCCUCCAAGAUCCUCUGGCGCACCAUCCGCGGGAUGAUUCCUCAUAAGACCAAGCGUGGAGCGGCUGCGCUGGCGAGGUUCAAGGCCUACGAGGGUGUCCCUCCACCCUAUGACAAGAUGAAGAGGAUGGUCAUCCCUGAUGCUCUCAAGGUUUUGAGACUUCAGUCUGGACACAAGUACUGCUUGUUGGGAAGGCUCUCAUCAGAGGUUGGAUGGAACCAUUAUGACACCAUCCGGGAACUGGAGAAAAAGAGGAAAGACCGGUCCCAGGUGGCAUAUGAGAGAAAGAAGCAGCUGACAAAGCUGAGGAUCAAGGCUGAGAAGAUUGCAGAGGAGAAGCUUGGUUCACAAUUAGACAUGCUUGCUUCUGUUAAGUACUAAUUUGGGUGGGAAACUGUUGAGAAUUUUUUUGAGCAUUAAUUUUAGUUCCCAAUUAGAUAUCCCUUGCUCCUGUCAAGUUACUAGGCUUCUUCCUACUUUGUUAGUUGUUACUCCAAAGAGUUUUGUCAGGAUUAUAGCAUGUUUUUAUUCUCAGUUGUGAUGUUUAUGGAGGAUGUUAAAUCUUAUAAUUUUUGAGAGGGAAGUCAAUCUUUUUGGUUUGCUGAUGA